AUGAUCAAUUGCACCCACCAUUUUCAAAAUCCGAUCACUUUGAUAUGCAAAGCUCCUCACAUUUGUAAAUUUUAAAGGAAACUUUGUUGUGAAUGUUUUGAUGAACAUGGUGUAGAUGUUAAACAUAUACUAUCCCUCAAAAAGUUUUAAGAAAUUGCUCUAAAGAAAUUAAAUGACUCCAAGCUUAAUGAAUCAUCUGAGUUAACCAAAUAGAGAAUGGCCUUAAAAUCCGCAAUCUCUCAAACAGAUUAAACGUUGAAGAAAAUUUGGAAAGAAUUGUCACAAUUAAUUAAAUAAGUCUACGAUUGGAUUGAAAAAGAAAACUAAUCCUACUUAAAUCUCAUCAACGAAAAUACAAAUCUAGCUGAAUCCUCUUACAGUGAUAUAGAAAAAUUAGUAAACAUUGUAGAAGGAUCAACUUUAAAUGAUUGGAAUGCUGAGAAGAUAUCUUAUAUGAAGGAGUUAGAUAAAACCAAGAGCUGGUGGGACCAACAUAUAAAGGUUUUUAUUGAAAAGUCUAACAAAGGAAUCCAAUAGAUCCAAUCAUUAAUUAAGUAAGUAUUAUAAAUCUUAUCUUUAGGGAGCAUGAAGAAGAAAUUUAUUUAAUGAAGGAAGAUUUUUAUGAGAUGCUAACCUACAUCCAGAAUAUAGAUGAAACUCUCUAUUAGAAGAUUCUUGAUACACUUAGAAAAGAGAAAGCUUCAGACAUUAUUGGAUUCCUGUCGAACACAAACAAUCAUCAUUUUUAUGAAUCUUUAAACUGCAAGUAAGUGAAUAUAAAGGAUGUGAAGAAAUAAGUUAAGAAAAUCGCAAAUGUCUUGAGAAAUAUAUAGGAUCAUUAAUUUAGUAAGGAUAAUUAUUCUUCAGAGACUUAUGAAAAGGCAAGAUAAGAUCUAAUUAAGAAGUUGAAAGAUAACAAAGGAAUUAUAGAUUUUAUCAAAUUUAUUGUUCUCCUCACAAGCAUAGAUGUUAAAUUUAUUCAAUGUGGAUCAAAUGGACUUAGUUUAUUAGUAGCCAUGAAGGUUGAUAUUAGGAACCAAUCCUUUGAAAAUAUCAGAAUAAAGAAUACUUCUUUAAUUGGAGGUAAUUUUGUAAGAUGUAACCUUAAUUAAUCUGAGUUUGAUAAUGUAGAUAUCAGCGGAUUGAAUUUGAAUGGUGCUUAACUACUCAAUUGCAAAUGGAAGAACUUAAAAAUUCAUGAGUUAAAUAAAUUGAAUGGUUAUUAUGGACCUGUUUCAUCGGUUUGUUUUUCUCCUGAUGGAAAAACAUUAGCAUCUGGUGGUGGCUGUAUUAUAGGAGGUGGUGAUAAUUCUAUUCGUUUUUGGGAUGUCAUAACAGGAUAAUAAAAAGCCAAAUUAGAUGGUCAUGAGCAUGAUGUGAUGUCAGUCUGUUUCUCUCCUGAUGGAAAUAUGUUAGCAUCUGGUGGUGGCAGUAUUUUUGGAAAUGGUGAUAACUCUAUCCGUCUAUGGGAUGUAAAAUCAGGACAAUAAAAAGCCAAAUUAGAUAGUCAUAGUAAUGUAGUAAUGUCAGUCUGUUUUUCUCCUGAUGGAAAUACAUUAGCUUCUGGUAGUUGGGAUAUCUCUAUCUGUAUAUGGGAAGUCAAAAAAGGAUAAUUAACAGCCAAGUUAGAUGGUCAUAGUAAUUUAGUUAUGUCAGUCUGUUUCUCUCCUGAUGGAAAUACAUUAGCUUCUAGUAGUUGGGAUAACUCUAUCCGUAUCUGGGAUAUAAAAACAGGAUAAUAAAUAGCCAAAUUAGAUGGUCAUUAGUAUUAAGUCAAUUCAGUCUGUUUCUCUCCUGAUGGAAAUACAUUAGCAUCUGGUAGUAAUGAUAAGUCUAUACGUCUAUGGGAUAUCAAAACAAGAUAAUAAAAAGCCAAAUUAGAUGGCCAUACUAGCACUGUCUACUCAGUUUGUUUCUCUCCUGGUGAAAAUACAUUAGCUUCUGGUAGUUAUGAUAACUCUAUACGUCUAUGGGAUGUCAAAACAGGAUAAUAAAAAGCUAAAUUAGAUGGCCAUAGUAACUAUGUAAUGGCAGUCUGUUUCUCUCCUGAUGGAAAUACAUUAGCUUCAGGGAGUUAUGAUAACUCUAUCCGUAUAUUUGAUGUCAAAACAGGAUAAUAAAUAGCUAGAUUUGAUGGCCAUAGUAAUUGUGUGAGAUCAGUGUGUUUCUCUCCUGAUGGAAAUAUAUUAGCUUCUGGUAGUGAUGAUAAGUCUAUCCGUCUAUGGGAUGUCAAAACAGGAUAAUAAAAAGCCAAAUUAGAUGGUCAUACUAGUACUGUCUACUCAGUCUGUUUCUCUCCUGAUGGAAAUACAUUAGCUUCUGGUAGUAAUGAUAAGUCUAUCCGUCUAUGGGAUGUCAAAACAGGAUAAUAAAAAGCCAAAUUAGAUGGUCAUACUAGUACUGUCUACUCAGUCUGUUUCUCUCCUGAUGGAAAUACAUUAGCUUCUGGUAGUAAUGAUAAGUCUAUCCGUCUAUGGGAUGUCAAAACAGGAUAAUAAAAAGCCAAAUUAGAUGGUCAUACUAGUACUGUCUACUCAGUCUGUUUCUCUCCUGAUGGAAAUACAUUAGCUUCUGGUAGUAAUGAUAAGUCUAUCCGUCUAUGGGAUGUCAAAACAGGAUAAUAAAAAGCCAAAUUAGAUGGUCAUACUAGUACUGUCUACUCAGUCUGUUUCUCUCCUGAUGGAAAUACAUUAGCUUCUGGUAGUAAUGAUAAGUCUAUCCGUCUAUGGGAUGUCAAAACAGGAUAAUAAAAAGCCAAAUUAGAUGGUCAUACUAGUACUGUCUACUCAGUCUGUUUCUCUCCUGAUGGAAAUACAUUAGCUUCUGGUAGUAAUGAUAAGUCUAUCCGUCUAUGGGAUGUCAAAACAGGAUAAUAAAAAGCCAAAUUAGAUGGUCAUACUAGUACUGUCUACUCAGUCUGUUUCUCUCCUGAUGGAAAUACAUUAGCUUCUGGUAGUAAUGAUAAGUCUAUCCGUCUAUGGGAUGUCAAAACAGGAUAAUAAAAAGCCAAAUUAGAUGGUCAUACUAGUACUGUCUACUCAGUCUGUUUCUCUCCUGAUGGAAAUACAUUAGCUUCUGGUAGUAAUGAUAAGUCUAUCCGUCUAUGGGAUGUCAAAACAGGAUAAUAAAAAGCCAAAUUAGAUGGUCAUACUAGUACUGUCUACUCAGUCUGUUUCUCUCCUGAUGGAAAUACAUUAGCUUCUGGUAGUAAUGAUAAGUCUAUCCGUCUAUGGGAUGUCAAAACAGGAUAAUAAAAAGCCAAAUUAGAUGGUCAUACUAGUACUGUCUACUCAGUCUGUUUCUCUCCUGAUGGAAAUACAUUAGCUUCUGGUAGUAAUGAUAAGUCUAUCCGUCUAUGGGAUGUCAAAACAGGAUAAUAAAAAGCCAAAUUAGAUGGUCAUACUAGUACUGUCUACUCAGUCUGUUUCUCUCCUGAUGGAAAUACAUUAGCUUCUGGUAGUGAUGAUAAGUCUAUCCGUCUAUGGGAUGUCAAAACAGGAUAAUAAAAAGCCAAAUUAGAUGGUCAUGAAUAUGGUGUAGUAUCAGUCUGUUUCUCUCCUGAUGGAAAUAUAUUAGCUUCUGGUAGUAGUGAUAACUCUAUCCGUCUAUGGGAUGUAAAGACAGGAUAAGAAAUUCAAUCCUCUGAUAAAAGCUACAAAGAUAUUCUAGCAUAAUUUAAGGUUCCACUUUAAUCAAGUUGUCCAUCCUAAGAAGGUACUAUAAAUUUUUUUUAAUUUUAGCUACCCAUUACAUAAACACACUCCUUAUUUCCCAAAAGGCAAUAUUCUAAGCUAAAGGAGCUUUAAUUCUUAAAGGAGAGUUUAUCAAUCAAUCAGGUAUAGAUUUAAAAACAUUAUUUAAACAAAAAGGAAGUUGCUUUUUGGAAGACCUUAAGUAAAAGUGA